UGGGAUGUUGUUGGGAUCCACAAGAACAGUUCCUCCUUGGCAAAACUGUUCCUGUUUGGGUUUUUUAUUUCAUUUGCGUUGAUUUGUGGGACAUGCGUAUAGAAUUAAGCUCGUACUUGCUCGUUAUUUCCCCUGUUUACAAGAGCUAUGUUUAAUGAUACUUGUAAUGGUAGCGGAUUAUACAUGCGGUUACGCAUUUAUUAUAUCCCACUUGCGAUUUAUUAUAUCCGGUUGGGAUUUAUAGCGUAGCCAUUAUGUCGGAAAUGUUAGCUAUAAAUAACAAUUUUCUUUCGGAACCAUACAAGACUUAUAUAUAGGUCUAAAUAACGCCAGAACAAACACAAUCAAUGGUAAGUAACAAUAUAUUUUACAAACGGCGCCCCGAAGACCAUAACAUAGAUUCACUUGAAGAAACCGGACGCACUUGGAAAUUAUACUCUGGCUUACUUAUGCCUGGAUUUGUUUCUAUAACUACGAAUAAAUACGAAUAUAUUGCGAACUAACAAGAACAUCCUCCCGUCUAAGAUCCUCUUCUGGCUAAUUUCCCCCCUUGGAAUAAAAGCGCUGGUUCUUCAGCAAUUCACUCAAUUCACAUUUGGUUUGUUCUAAGCUUGGAGGAUCUCGCCUUUGAAAACUUGCAGUGACCAGAACCAUGAAAGGAUACCUGGCCAUUUUUGCCGUUUCGCUUGCUGUGGCCUCGUUAUUGUUGGUGGAUGCCGCACCUCAAGCUGAAGUACACUCGAGAGCGAAACGCGGUUUCAAAUCGUAUUUUGAGAAUUACCUGGAUGAAAUGGCGACAAGCGCUUGUGUUGCGAUGGGAAGCACUGGAAGUCUGUACUUCGCAGUUCGUCGAACUUGUACUUCAUCUAACACACAAAAUUGUCAUAGUCUGUGUACUUCGCAUCAAGUCAGAAAGGAAGCCCAAAUCUGGAAUCCUAACAAGCUGCUUAAUUCAAAAUGUGUGGAAUCACUUCAUGUCUACAAAGGCCGUCCAUCGUUGGCAGACAAUAAGAACGCUGACACAGAUGUGAAUAAAGUUGGCUUAGCAAUUUACCGUUACCAUUCUUGCCAUUCAAGCAGUUGUGGUCCCAAUUACUGUUGCUGUUCAGGGCCGUACGAAGGCUAAAAAAAUUUGAACAAUUUCAUUCCGUUUAAAUCGCAGAUGUUUAAUUUGUAAUGAGAAUCAUGAGAAAAAAUCGUUUUGUCGAAAAUUAUAUUUUGUGAUUGUGUAAUUCCUAUAUUAUGUACUUCCUAUAUAUGUAAAACCUAUGUACUUCCAAAUAUAUAAUCCCUC